CUACAACGUCUGUUACGUAGAGGUUUUCAAACCUCAGCCUGUUCAUAUCUCAACACGAAAGCUGGUGUACCUAAACCUUCUAAAGGUAAAAUCGAAACAUUGAAUUAUGAAGAGGGCUUGCCACCAUAUGAAAUAGGAGUGAAAAAGGCAUGGAAUUCCUGGAACACAACAAAUUUAAAAGAUGAAGGAGGAGCAUCAGAAAUUUUGCUGGAUGACAUGUUUAUUAGGAAAUUUAUGAUUGGAACAUGGCAUAAUCUCAUAGUGUCUGAAAUUACCAUAAAACGACGAUUUAACAUUAUCACUAUAGGCAUUUUACUCAACCGAAAAUUCUCUCCAAAUCAGGCUUAUUUUCUAUUAGGUUAUACAGAAGAGUUGUUAAGUGCUUGGUUUAAAUGUCCUGUCAAGUUGGAAAUUUCUACAGUUAAAAAUGCACAAAGAGACAUGUUUUAUCGAAACUGUUGA